AUGGAUUUCCCUUCGCAGCAUCCUGACUCGCCUGCCAGGCCGUUGGCUGGUGCAGCACGCGCUCGAGUGUUGGCGCGUCAGAACCGCACCUCAUCGCUCAAACCGUACGCCAGACCAUCAUCGGGACUAGUUGCUUCUGGAUCCAGUGUUUCGCUUCGCACCGACACCGACUCUCCUGCACGCCAACCGUCGACCCCUUCCAACAAUUCACUUGCACCUCCAUCCACUCAGGCGGCGCGCUCCGCCUUUUCACCGCUCCGUGCAGCCGCUUCGCCCAUCGCUCUGCUAGGUAGCGUGCGCAAGAUGGUGGCAAAGCCAUUCUCGUGGCUCACGAGCGUCGCUGCCUCGGUCGAGCCUGAACUCGGCAUGCCUAUGUCCUCGAGCACCAACUCUCUCUCCUCCAUCGCUCGCAAAAGAGCUGCUGCUCAGGCUUCUAUCAAGUCCGUCGACGACAAUGACACGAGCGAUGAGAGGCAAGCCCCCACACGCGCUGCUAGAGCUGUCGGCGAGCGUCUUGCUGCCGGACUUCGAUCUCGCUCCAACCUUCACGAUGAUGAAGAAAGUCAGUUGCGUCCACCUACUUCCACCCUUUCAUUCUCCGUGUCCAUGUCUCGCCUCGCUCCUGGUCCAGCACCUCCCCAGGCUAGCCGUCACCAGUCUCCUUCCAAUCACGAAGGUUCUCUCGCUGGACCUUCUGCGCUGCCGCGAUUCAAUGACAAGGCAACAGCCUGGAGCACCCGCUCUUCGAAGCGCACACUCGAUGUUGGCUCCCGUCCCGUUGAUCAAAGUGACUCGCUAGAGGUUAUGAGCGAUAUCAGUCGAACGUCACCUUCUCAAACUCAACUCUAUCAUGCCAGAAGCCAGCACGCGCUCCGCAGCCCUCGGUCUCAGCUGCUUGGCUACCGCGGAUCUUUACUGCGACCGGACGAAGCCAUGUCGGAAUCUGGUUCGACGACUCUCAGUCACUCGCACUCAUUCAGUGCAUUUGGCUACGGCAACGAGGUUCGCUAUACAGACAGUGCAUUCGGCUUACCACCUUCCAGCUCGCCAUUCCAGAUCUCUACGCGCAACUCUUUCAGCCGUCGGUCGCGGGUUCCCUUUAGUCCCGGUCUUUUCUCUGAGAAAGGCACACCAGGACAAACCUCUCGCGCCGGUAGCGCCGGUCUCCGAGGCGCAUCACCAGCACCUUCAGCUGGCUAUUCUCCCGCACGUCUACGUGAAGCUACUCCACAGCGACGCAAUUGGAACGGCAUCAAUCUUGCCGCUGCCUCUGCACCCUCAGUCGGCGACGAAAUGAUGCGAGAAUACCUGGCCUCGCGUACGCUCCCCGGCAUCAACCCAAGUGUGCGCCGCAAUCUUGGUCUUUCUGUUGACGAGCCAAUGAUCACUUCCUCCUCUGUUGCCGGCGGCAGCGUUAUGGACGAAACCGAAUCGAUCACCCCUAGCCGUCUUGGCAAACGCGAUAUUGACAUGAGCGUCGAUGGCGACUCUGAGAGGUUCGGCGCUGCCGGUACUCCAUCCAAGCGGCGCAUGGUAUGGCAUCCCGAGCUCGGCUUUAUCAGCCACGAAGAGCUUAAGGCGCGCGAACCCAAGCUUCCAUCUCCCAAGAACGAAGCCGAACGCUUGCUCAACGUUCUCGAGACGUUGCGUAAGCCCACAGCAACCUCAAGAGGACUUGGUCAGACAAAGGGCGCGUCGGCUCAAAUCCACGUCCCCGCGCCUAUCUCGGAUGUAUCCACCACCAGAUCCAACAAGACGCAGGAAGGCAAGCAAGCCGACGGCAUCGCUCCUUACACCAGGUAUCUGCGCAAGGCAAAGAUGGUGCAGUCCGCUGACGAACAAGGUGGCAUGAGGGCCAAGUUGAAGAAGGUUCAACGUUCGACUAGGAUGGAUGUUGAUGACGCAGCAACCCAAGAAUCGGCUGCGUCCGAAAGCGAAGACGCGGAACAGGACGUUGAGGAAGAGCAAGAGGCGGACGAUCGUGAGGAGGAAGAGCCGACACCACCCCAGCCUGAACCCAUCCGACGAUCUAGACGCUUGCAACACCACGAUCCUCGUACGCAGCAAGUCGCACACACCCCCGUCAAGCAGGCCGACAAACCCGCUGGCGCCACGCAGCUCAAGUCGGCGCUGAAAGCCACGCCAUUCCGAACGGCAACACAGCCUCAGGCUACACCCGUGAAAGCGCUCGCAGAGACGCCCAAGCCAGCUUCGCACCGCAUCCCUCUCUCGGCUGCCAGCAAAGUGCCUUCGAGCACUGUCAAGAAAGACAACUUUGCUGUGAAAGCGUCCAUUUCGGACCCUACUGCGCCUAGAGAAAGGAGCUCGCUCAGGCAGGGAGCUGCAAAGACAUCUCGCACUCAUCAGAGUUCUGGCAAAUUCAGCGCUUGGGAUGAGGACGAAGAGCAGGAGGAUUUGCCCGAGGCGAGCGACCUUGCAAAGAUCAAGCUGCCCACCAACAUGUUCCCAUCUGGCUUCUCGUUUGGCAAUUCGACGCUGACCCCAGAAUCAAGCGAUACAGCGGCGGCAAAGAAGGUCGACACCACCUCGGAACCGGUCGCCAAGCCUGCUACCUCGAGUAGUUCGAGCACAGGCGGCUCCUUGCUCGGCCGCCUUGGAGGCAUUGACUCCUCUGGCUCGACCGAAACGACCGAGAAGAAGGAUGAGCCCAAGCCGGCUGCUGCAAUGCCGUCGUUCUCCUUCUCUGCUCCUUCCAAGGAUGCACCCAAUACAAUGCCCAAAUUCAGCUUUGGCGCCAAUACCGCUCCGAUCUCAACAGCAAAAGACGACGACAGUUCGACGAAGAGGUCUACUGCUCCUCCCACGUCGGACUUCUUCAGCAAACCUGUUGAGCCUGCUUCCAAGUCGCUCACCGAAGCUAAAAACGAUGGACCCGUGCCCAACUUUUUCGGUAGUACCAUGAAAAAGUUCGAGAGCAAGUCUGCAGACGCGCCUUCCGCUGCGCCUACCAGCACCGGUGGAUUCUCUUUCGGUGCGUCUGCAGCUGCGAGCAGCACGGGAGCGGAAGCGGCGAACAGCAAGCCUGCACCUUUCAGCUUUGGUGCGGCGAAACCAGCCAGUGAGUCGGCGAGCACACGUGUGCCGGCAAGCGCUGCAUUUGGGUUGUCUGAGUCGAAGCCAGCCGAGACUGGAGAGAAGAAGAAAGAAGAUACGCCAGCCAGCAAAUCAUCGUUCUUCGGCUCGACGCCUCCGUCAUCGGCAGCUGGCGGGUUCAGCUUUGGGACGCCGUCGACGCAUAGUGCUUCUACCGGAUCUAAGCGCAGCGCAGAUGGGGAUGAGGAUCCGGCUGCCAAGAAGAGCAUGCCGAGUUUUUCGUUUAGCGCUCCUGCCGCUGCGUCCAAGCCAAGUGCACCAACUAGUGCGGGAUUCAGCUUCGGCGCUCCAGCAGCGUCGGCUUCGGAGAAGAAGGAUGAUGCAUCAGCAGCAACGUCGAGCGCGGUGCCCAACUUGUUCGGUGCGAAGGGAGAGGAUGCUCCCGAGCGCGCCGGUGGCUUGACGAGCGGAGGAUUUUCGUUUGGCAAACCGGCUUCCGACAGCAACGCGAUCGGGUCUGGAGCGUCCAAGCCGGCAGGACCUGCUUCCAGCUUGAGUGGAUUCACGUUCGGGAGCGCCAAAGCGACGUCGUUGGAUUUGGCGAAACCAGCUUCUGCAGGUGGGUUCACGUUUGGCGCUGCUAGCACCACCAGCGCGAGUACAGGAAGUAAUGCAGCUCCGGAGGCCAAGCCGUCAGCGCCCGCUCCCACUUUCUCGUUCGGUGCUCCGGCGGCUGCCGCUUCUUCGCCGACGACUUCCGCGCCCGCAUCUGGCACGACGACGCCUAAUGGAACGUUGACGUUUGGAUUCGGUGCGCCCGCCAAGACGGACGGAGGCGCUAGCAGCGAGCCGCCAAGCAACUUUUCGUUUGGUGCUCCUGCCGGCGCUGCUGCUGGCGCUGCAAGUGGCGCUGCAAGCGGUUUUGGAGGUGGUGUGAGCUCGAGCGCGGGCGGAUUCGGAUUCGGUGCCGGUGCCGGUGCUGAGCCUGCUUCCGCACGCACUCCGAGUGGAGGUGAGAUGAUGGAUGACUCGCCGCAGAAGAAUGUGGCGGCGACACCUGCAGCGACACCGAGUUUUACGUUUGGAUCGGCGACGCCCACUUCGACAUCGAUGGCGGCCAAGCCGGCGGGUAUGUCGUUCACGUUUGGCGCGCCCGCAUCGACUGGCGGUGCGGGUGGUGCCGGAAAUGCAUCGUCGACGUUUGCGUUUGGUGCUCCUGCUGAGUCGACGACGCAGGGUGGGUUCGGAUUUGGCUCUGGCGCGACUACGCCAGGUGCGCACGCUGCGCACGCUGCGCACGCUGCGCCAGCGAGUGGGUUUACAUUUGGUGCGAACACGAAUCCCACGCGCAGUACGACGCCUGGUGUGGGGUCUGCGCCUGCGUCGCCGUUUCUUUCGGCGGUGAAUGUGGCGCCUGGAGGACCAGCUGCGUUCGGUUCGACGCCGGCUAGCUCGACGGCGCGCUUUCAGUUUGCAACACCGCCGGUCCAGACAGGUUUUGCAUUCGGUGGCACUGUCCCUUCGGCUGGGUUUACGUCGACGCCCACUGGAGGGUUUGCACUGUCCACACCAUCGGCACCAUCCACUCCUACUGCGGGUGCAGGUGCGGGUGCGGGUACAUUCACGUUUGGGUCCAACAUGAUCGCGCAAAUGCCAGCCGCUCAACCAGGCCUGUUCACCAUGGGCGCACCGCCGAGCUCGAAUGCGAACUCCCCCACACCCGCUGGUAGACAAAUCAAGCCUCUCCGUCAACGAAGGCGCUAG